GUUACUUUGUGAAGUUCAGAUCCAGGCAUCAGAUCGGGGAUGAACCAGACGGCGGACGGUCACGUUGUUACAAAUUAACUUUCGUUGAUAAAAUGACGUUUGUCAGAGGAGCUCGCGACCAACCUGAAAGUAACUUCACGAGCUAGACCGCGUUUCUAUUCAACGGCAAAGGGGGAAAAAAGCUCCCCUGUGGCGGGACCCGACGCAGCAUCAUGCCCGAGAUGUCGAAGAUGAAGAAACCCGACGUGAAGGUAGUCCUGCUGGGAGACAUGAACGUGGGGAAGACGUCGCUGCUCCACAGGUACACGGAGAGGAAGUUCAAAGACACCAUCAGCACCGUUGGAGGCGCGUUUUUCCUCAAACAGUGGGGACCUUACAACAUCUCAAUAUGGGACACUGCCGGACGUGAACAGUUCCACGGACUGGGCUCCAUGUACUGUCGGGGUGCGGCCGCUGUCAUCCUCACUUACGACGUCACCAACUGGCAGAGCCUUGCUGAGCUGGAGGAGCGCUUCCUGUCCCUGACUGAUACUGCGAACCAUGACUGCAUUUACGCCGUCGUGGGCAACAAGGCCGAUCUCACAGACGCUAAAGCCCAGCUGUCCCAGGACCCCGGAGUGGUGUCUGAGGAGCGAACUGAGCAUGAGGAGGAGAGGGCAGAGCCACAGGUGCUGUCCGCUUGCCCCACGCCGCCCGCCUCCCCCGCGUCCCUCUCCGGGAUGAUGCUGCACAAACAGGUGUCCCCCGAGGACGCAGCGGCCUUUUAUGGGAGAAUACUGCGCUACAAGGGCCUGGACGAAAAGAGCAGCCUGCCCGCAGAGAAGAUGUGCUUCGAGACGAGUGCCAAGACAGGCUACAAUGUGGACACUCUGUUCGAGGCUUUGUUUGAUCUGGUGCUGCCUUCCAUCCUGAGAAAGAGAAACGAGAACCAGGAGUCUCCUACGGUGGACUUGGAGGAGUGCAGGGGGGGCAGCGGCAAGCGGGCCAGAUCCUCAUGCUGCUAGGAUCUGGCAAAGGAGGGCGGCGAGGCUGCCAGACGCUGAGACUGGAUUUUAGCUAAGGACAAUCAACAGGUUGGUCUGUGCACCAAAUACAUACUGUGAUGGUAUUACUCACUCGCCUCGACUGAGACUUAGUAGCAAUAAUGUCCUCCUGGUAACACACACACACUAAAUAUACACUCUUGAUUCUGUGAAGACAGUCAGAAAAAGCAACCUGUGUCCAGUGACAUUUUAAGUAUUUCUUUGCAUGGAAGGGAAAUAAAUGCGAACCUUCCAUUCCGAAGACUGAAUCUGCACUUGUAUCCCAAAGAUGUGUCUGUGGGCAAAUACCGCACCUAAGAAGUCAAUCACUGCGAGUUGUUCAUGUUAACGAGAAUGUCACAAAUCUAACAGCACUAAUUGUCAGCCGUGUGGCUCACUGCACUGUGUUUAAUAUAGCCGUAUUUCAGUUUCAUGAAUCACACUUCUUUUCUUUUCUUUUAUGCUCUGUUACUAGCAUUGUAUAUUUUACUGGCACAUUUGGAACCUGUCAAUGAGUGUAAAUAGUAAAUAACCCCUGUUGAAUUUUUAAGUACGCUGUCAUAAUAAAGAGUUUUAUUUUGCCGUC